AUGAUAGAUAAAUAAGAAACUAGUCAAUAAAUCAGCAACCAUGAUUCUAAUAGAAGAAGAGGUUAGCCUACACAUAUAGACUAACUGGCUAGAAAUAGAACAGAAAGAAACAUUAGCAGUCAUAGUGCCUCAAACCUAUAUAGUUUAGAGAACAGUUUGUUUGAGAGAAGCCCAAAUAUCAAAUAAGAAGACCAAUAAUAGACAAACAGAAAUAUGAAUUUUAACAUUAUAGAUGGUUCGAAUAGCAUAAGUUUCAGAUAAAAUCAGAACUAUAAUUAAGAUUAAUAGUUGUAGCAAUAGUACUAGGGAAUUAAUAGUCUUCCAAGUUUCAAUAUACCCAUUAAUUGUAAAUCAUUCAUAUCUCAUUAUUUAGUUUUAGAAAUGACUUAGUAAUAGGAUAGCAAUUAGAACAGAUACCAUCCGCUUCUAUCAACUGGUGUUAGAUAAGCAAUCAGCUCUCUACAAAGUCUUCAACCUUAGAUUGAUCCCUACAGCCCUGAUAUGAUGAAUGUUAAACAAUCAGAAGUAGCUGAAACUUCACCAAAUGGCAUCAACCGACCAAACAGUCUAGAUUUAAACGGAUCUUCUCAUUCAAAGGAAAGACCAAAGACUUAAAUUUAUAAAAUCUCUGAAUCAAACUAACAAUCAAAUGGAAAUCAAAAUUUAAACAACAGCAUGAAUAUCAACCGUCUUAACGCUUUAUAAUAAUCACUUUAGCAGCCACAUCUAAGAAAUCAAUCUUUGCAAUACUAAACUAGUGUUCCGGUAAAUAAUCAGAGUCAAGCAUCACAACAAUCAAUGCAGCAACUAUUAUAGCAAAACAAUCCAUUCAGAAAAUAAAAGGUGCCUCAAGUGACGGUCCUAAAUCCUUCUUUGUAGUAAAGCUAACAGUAUCUUACAACAAACUAGCUUAGAAUUAGCAAUCCAUUUGUUUCUAAUAACAGUAAUGGUAGCACUAAUCAUGGCCCUCAUUUUAAUCUUCAUGAUCCCUUUGGUACGAAUAUGAAUAAUAAGCCAAAUCAGUCCAUAAUGAUUGUAGAUUAGAACUAGUCUUAUGAAGGUAGUAAUGAGAUGCUUGGAGAGACUCUGAAUAAUAACAGUUUUGAAGAAUCAUAGUCUGUUAUUAAUAGGAACAAUUAUAAUGCUUAAAAUGACUUGUCAAAUUUGUCGUAGUAUAUUGAUCCUAAGUACACAGAGAUCCUUUCUAAAUAUUUGCACUCUUACUCCUAGACACCUUAAAGUUAAAAUAGGCAACCAACACAGGAAUUCACCACUCUCAGAUAGAUCUCUGAGACUUUACAAAAUAAACUUGAAAGCUUUGAGAAGCAGUUACUGCAGAUAUAGCCUUAGAAGCCCACUAUAUUUAGACACAACGAUACGUAGACUGAGGAUGAGAUAACUAGACUCAGUGUAGAAGAAUAUGAUGAACUUAAGAUUGAGAUAUUAAGACUCUAAGAUCGAAUCCAGAGAGAGAAGCACAAUAAUCUUAAGGAAAAGGAAUUUAGCUCUUAAUAAACUAAGGCUUACUAGGAUCAGAUAAAAUAGCUAAAAGAAGACACAGCGAGAAUGCAGGAAUGUCUCAAAGUGAGAAGAGACUUUGAAAGUAAUUAGAAAAACCAAAACGAAGAAACCAUGAAAACCAAAGACCAUCUUAUUAAGUAGUUGACUCAGAAAUUGCAGGACUCUACAAAGUAGAUUUAAGAACUCAAAUCAAAAUAAAAGUCACUCUAAGAGCAAUAUGAGCAAUUAGAGCAGUAAGAAGAGGUAAAGAUUGAAUAAGAAAUUUAAAGAAUGGCUGAGAGAGAGGCAUUAAAAUUGGAAAAUCAACGAAAGCAGUUUAAUGAUGAGAAUGCUGAGUAUUAAAGGAGAUUUGAAGGCUUGAAAUCUGAAAAUUUAAAGUUAAAACAGCAAAUUCAGGAGAUCUAAUAGAUUUAGGGUCAAUAGUAAAACUUAAUAAACAAAGAUUUUAACCAAUAACUACAAAGAUGCAUGAGUGAUCUACAGGAGAAGCAAAAAUUAAUUGAAAAAAAGGAUAAUGAGGUGAUGAAAGCUAGAGAUCAUUUGGGUGAGCUUGAACGUGAGAUAGUCAAAUUAAGAGAUCAGAUCAAACUUUACAGACUAGAAAUAGAAGAAAAAGAUGAUGAAUUGGAAUCACUAAGACAUAAGCACAAGGAUGUGAAGCAUAAUACUGACACCUAAGUAGUAAAGCUAAAAGAGUAAUUGAAAUAAGAGUAAAAUAGACAAUAAGAGACAGAGGAUUACUAUAAAAAGGAAAUAUCUAGCCUGAAUGAGUAGCUUUAGACUGCAAGAGAUGAGUACGAUGAGAUGAAAACUAUGGGAUACCAGAAGUUAUAAGAUUACCAGGAUGAGAAUCAAACUCUUAAGGACCAUAUCUAUCAACUUAACGAUGACAAGUCAGACCUCUAGGGCUAGAUACAGAAACUUAGUCGUCAAAUUACUAACGUCUAGACUGAGCUUCAGGAGACUAACAAAGAAAAAGGCUCCAUUAACUAAAGAUUGCAAGAAUAUAUGAAUAGUAAAAUGAAUUCGUCUAAGUUGCAAGAAGAUGAGUAAAAGCGAAUGAAGCAAGAAAUCGAAGAACAUAAAUAGAAGAAUAAAGAAUUAGAGAUGCAGAUAGACAUGCUUUAGAGUCAGAUCUUCAAUCUAUAACCAAAACUUGAAAAGAAGAGGCAAAGCAUUCAAAUGAUAAAGCAGCAGCAGCAAUAGAUUGAGAGUGAGAAUAGACUAAAAGAAGGGCAAAUUGAAUAAAUUCAAAGAUAACACAAUGCUGAGAUUCAAAUAAAAUAAGACAUUAUUGAUAAUCAAAAAUAAGAGAUUUAAGAGCAGUCAGCGAUGAUUAAAGCUUAUAGAAAGUAGGUGGAAGAGCUUGAAAAAUAAAUUAAAACCCUUUAAUUAAACCUAGAUAAGAUGAUAUAAGAUCACUAGCUCUAAAUAAAGUAAAUCUCAACAACUCUAUCACUAGACAAACAAUCCAUUAGUGUUGAGAUAUAAUAACUGUAAUCCUAGGUAGAGUAAUACAAGCAAAAGCUAUCAAAUAAAAAAGCAAAGAUUCAAACUAUCAAGAAAGAAACUUAAUAGGAGAUAGAUCAAGUUAGAUCUAAACAGUAAGAUGAGCUGGAUAAGAUGCAAAGAAAAAUAACUGAGGGUGUGAGUGAACUCUUAACAAAAACAAUGGAGACUUAAGAGUUUAAUUAUCAGAUUGAAAAAUUGAACUCUGAAGUUAUUAUGAAAUAGCGUUAACUUGACGAUAUAAAUGACAAAUAUCAGAAUUUGCUCAAUGAUUAAAGCCAAAGAGAGCGAGAGACUAAAUAAUUGAAUGACUAUAUCGAGACUCUCUAGAAUAGAAGUUCCAACAGAGAUGACAUGUAAACAUAGUAAAUGCGGUAACUUUAAAGCCAAGUCUAGAGUCUAUAGGAGAAAUUGAAAAAUAAAGACUUUGAGAUAGAGGACCAGAUAGAAUAACUAAUCCAAUAAAUUUAAGCAUAAAAGGAUAUAAAUUAAAAGCAAAAGCAACAGAUCACUAUCCUACAAAAUGAAUUUGAUACUGAAUUGUCAAAGUAAAAAGAAUAAUCUAAGAAACUUUAGAAGGAAUACGACGACAUGAAAGAUUAAAUUGAUAAUAGAGAACUUGAGAUCAACAGAAUUAAAAACUCUAAGGGAUCUUAGGAGGGACUCAUAUAGAAAUUAAAUGAUCAAAUAACCUAGCUAUAGGAGCAAAAGCUUCAAGAGAAGCAACAGUUGAAUAACAGAAUCAAUGCUUUAAUUGAUGAAAAGACUGAACUUGAAAUCCAGCUGAACUAAAUAAUAAAGUAAAAGGGUGAAUUGGAAUCUUAGACCUUAUAGGAGCAGUUAGAGAUGGACUAAGUUUACCUUAAGUUGGAGAAAAAACGACAGAAAAUGUACCAGCUAAAGCAAGAUGUGAGAACCAAGGGAGAUGAAAACAUAAAGCUGAACAGACUGAUCAAGGAUAUGCAGGAGGAGCUAAAGAGUAAGGUGGGAGAGUCAAUGAAGGAGUUAAUGAUUAAGAAUUAGUAAUUGGAAAAGUAAAGACAAGACAUUGAGCACACUAAAUCAGCCACUGAAGUGAAACUAUAAGGACAGAUUCAAGACUUGGAGAAAACACUUUAGCAAGUGCAAAAGAUGAAAUAGGAUAAGGAAUAAAUCAUGGAAAAAGAAAUAUAGAAACUAGAAAACAGAUUAGUAGAAGAAAAAGCUAAGAGAGAAUAGGAAAUUGACAAAAUAGAAGAUCAGCUAAGCCAAGUGAAGAAAGAUUUGAGAGAUAGAUAAAAUCUGCUGAAUGAAAGAGACCGUGAGUUAGAAAUGAUCAAAACUCAAAUGAACUCUAAGAGCAAGGAUCAAUCAGAAAAGGAUCGCAUGAUUCAGCAGUAACUCCAAGACAUGGAGAAAUUAAACAAAUCCAUUUAGAAGUAUAAAGAUGAUAUCUCGGAUAAGGAUUAAGCGAUUUUAAAAAUGAAUCAAUCUGCCAUUUAGACUUAAGAUGAAUAAUUGCAAAAGAUACAGUAGCUCAACAAGUAAAUUACUCAGUUACAGACUGAUAGUCAUCAGAAAGUCAUUGAAUUGCAAGCCUAAAUUCAGAGUCUUGAGUAGAGAUUGCAUAUGAGCAGUAAUAAGUCUGAGCAAAUGAGUCUUUAGGAAUCAGAAAUAAGGUCUUUAAAGACAGAUAUUCUUGCUAAAGAUAGGGAAAUGUCUGAGCUCCGUAAAACUAUACAAUAAAGAGAUUAAGAGAUCAAUGAAUUCUUUGAAACUGACUAUAAGUCGCUAGAGGAACAAUAUGAGAAGUUAAAGCACUCAAAUGCAUAGCUUGAGACUAAGGCCAAGAUCAUGGCGACCUAGAUUGAAGAAUUAGAAAAAGCCAAGGUAAUGCUCUUAACCAAAAGCAAUAUAGAAGAGUAGUCAACUACCAAAUUACUGUAAAAAGACCUAUAGAAUAAGAACUAGCUAGUAAUGAUUAAAGAUUCUGAGAUAGAUAGUCUGAAGAAGAGUAUCAAGGAGUUAAAAGAGACUAUAGACUAGAAUGAUAUGGGCAAGGAAAUUUAGGAAUUAAAGAAAUAGUAUAACUUUGCUAAGAAAGAAAAAGACAUGAAAGAUAUAAUGAUUGAUUAAUUAAAGAAGGAAUUGGAAAAGAAUGUGACUUAGCUCAUGGAAGCUAAAGAACAUGAAGCGUAGAUGGCAACAACUAUAAACUAACUAUCCAAUUAACUUGCUCAGUUGAGCAUAAAACAGGCUAUGCAACCUAAGAGUGACAAGUCUAAAAAACAAAAUAAUAUACCAACAUUUUGA